AUGGUUCAAUUCACCUCUGCUGUUCUGGGUUUCCUCGCCCUCCCCAUCUUCGGCGCCAUCGCUCAGGAUGCUGUACCUGAGGGAGCUCCCGUUGCCGAUGCGCCUACGUUGGCUGCCGAUGUCGAGGCUACCUUUCCCGAUGCCGACAUCUUUGGUGUGAAGCUUGUCAACGGUCGCCCGACCAAGGCGGUCGUCGAGAUUACCAACCGCGAGGAUGCGCCCAUUCAGGUCGCGUUUGUUGCCGGCUCUCUGUCUCGCGCCGAGGAGCUGGCUACCGAAGUCAUUGUCCGCAACCUGACGGCUGUGCGUUACGAUCUGACCAUCGAGCCCAAGGAGAAGAAGGCUGUGCCCUACUCCUUCGCCCUCGACAUGCAGCCCCAGGACGUCAAGCUCCAGCUUGUCGCCGUCGUCAGCAACGCCAAGGGCGACGUCUUCCAGCUGCCUGCCUACAACGCCCCUGCCGCCGUUGUUGAGCCUCCCACCAGCAUUCUGGACCCCCAGAUCAUCUUCCUGUACCUGUUCCUCAGCGCUGCCUUCACUGGCACUCUUUACUUCGUCUACAAGACCUGGAUCGAAGCCCUGUUCCCCCAGGCCAAGCGUAGCGGCAAGAAGGUCAGGACCGUCAAUGUCACUGUCCCCGUCCCCGAGCAGGACUCUGCCUCCUCCGCCGCGGCCACGGGCUCCGGCAAGAGCUACGACGAGAGCUGGAUUCCCGACCACCACAUCAACCGCCCCGUGGCCAAGAGGGUCAAGAGCGGCGCCAGCGGCAAGGUCAAGAUCUAA